CCACAGACGAAUGGAGAGGGUAGCUGACCAGGGGAGGGGUGAGGGCUGCUGAAAGCUACCUUUGUGCCACGCCCAGACUAGCGAACUACUGCGCUAAGACUGCAUCUAAAUGCACCCGAACUCGUUGACUUUUGCACAGCAUCAAAUCAUCUGCAGCUCGCCAGCAUUGUUCAACGGCAGCAGACAAUCCCACCGAGCUUACUUCACAUGCUUGGCCAGCAGCAUCUUGCCAAAGUACCAACAUUGUGGCAGUCACUUUAUCGCAGAUGACUGUCGAGGAUAUUUUCUCCAGUACUUACGCCUUUCCGGGAUGCAAAGGAGGUAUUCCUUUUCUGGAUCUUCGCUCGAUUCGAAGAAGCCAGGACCACUAUUGGAAUUGCCUUUUCCGUUUCAGCGGCCUGCAUUAACGAGACUACAUGGUUUGUUGCUCGCGUGUUCUACUCGGCAUCGCGGCCGAGCACACAGAGACAGUUGACUGUGGUUCCUUUGACCGGCGAUAUCUGAUCAAUGCUUGCUCUGUGAACAUAAGGUCGGUAAAUACCUCUUCACUACAAGACGAAACUCAACAAAUCUCCGUUCGACCUUGUCUGCUCUUUUUGCGCCUUGGCGAGCCGGGGAAAGUGUUGUUUGGAACGACGACCGCCCUGAAGGUCCCGAUCAGGUAUAAACACGUCUGGGAUUUCUGUUCCCGGAACUAGAUUUUCUAUGGUCAUCCCUGGCGGCGGGACAGCGACCCAGACGAUGACACCUGUCUCGCAGGCACUUCGUGGUAAGGCUUUCUACCAUGAGAGGCCUAUCCAGCUUGUCGUGAGCCUUCAAUCGAAGUCCACGUGAACUAGAUGUAUGUCCCGCCACAGGUCCACCCGCGUUUUAGCACGGUUCGAGAUUCGAAAAUCUGUGUAACUCGACAUCGGACGGGAAUGAAAUACUUGGUAGCCUAUUGGCUGUCUAUCAACCACUCAAGCAUAAUAACGAAGACGACAAGUCGAACGAAAAUUACACUUCUUGCCUUGGGUGGGAGACUAUCAACUGCAAAGAGUGCGUUUUCGUGUACUGAGAUAGGGUCGUCGAGUUUCUGCGCGGUCGCGAAAGUCAGGUUCAAGUUGGCCGUGACAGCAAACCAAAGUCUGUCGCACCGUGUUCCGUCAAUACGGGUGUCUACAAGGGCGGAUCGACGACAUGCAUGCCUGAGAACCUUUGGGUAUGCUCUAGAUCUCGAUGACAGUCAUUGAUGAACCACUCCAUAAGAAAGACUACUGAAGAUCUCGGGACAUCGGAUAUGUAAUUUGAACAUCAGAGAGUGAAGCCAUAUUCCGUUCUAGGCACAACUGAAAAGCUGAUCAGCAUUACGAAGAUGAUUCAAAGCCAGAUUCUGCAGAUGAAAUCACAGAAAUGAUGCUA